AUGCGCAAGCCGGGGGCGGAUGUGAAGCAAGAAGCUGUUUGCCGAAGCGAGGAUGAGGAUGAAGAGAACCUAAAACGAGGGCGGCUUCAUUUCGAGAUCAGACAACUCAGUGAAGCCAGAAAGGGUUGGGAGGGUGACCAGGGUGGUCGGGACGGCAGGGAUACGCGAGAUGCACGAACCAGGCCAGGCUGGGUUGGCGUGCUAGUAGAGGGCUAG